AUGUCGAAACAGUUCAAUGAUCAGCUGCUGCUAGACGCUCUAGCUUCCGGAAACAGGGAGGAAAUCACGCGAGUUAUCUACCUUACACGGAACAAGAUCAGGUCUCUGUCACAGAGCGCCUUGAACCUCGGGCUGUCGUCUGCUUGCAUGCUGGGCCACGGGUCUCUGGUCGAGUUUUUGGUGGAGCGUGGGGCGGGUCUUGAGACACGGAACGCGCGGGGCGACACCCCACUUUUGAUCUGCGCAAGAACCGGAAGAGUAGACAUGGCUGGGAUGCUAAUCCAGGCUGGCGCAUGCGUCAACGCUUGUGACACUUCCGGUGACACGCCCCUGAUUCUGUCGGUUAAAUCUCCCGAUGCUAUCGAGUUGACUAGAACUCUGCUGAGCCAGAAAGACAUUGACGUGGAUCACCAGAACAUCGAGGGCAACACUGCCCUGAUGGAAGCUGUUCAAAGCCUGAACUGGGAUGCUGCAGGAGGACUCAUGAGAGCCGGAGCUGCGGUGGAUGGUGUGGCUGUGUACAGCUCGGGGGCGGCGUGGGUGUGUGUGUAUAGGGUCAACAGCAGGGGUGAGAGUGUGAGGGACGUAGCGAAUAGGAUGUUUCUAUCCCAGGCUAUGAGCAGGGAUAUUGUAAACAUGGAGCGAUUGUUGGAGUUGAAGUUGUGUAAGUUUAACAAAGAGGAUAUUGAAAAGUGGGUUUUUGUCAUGGUGGAGGCUAUACAAAGCUCCAUUCAACAGCACGGGGUCACUGAAGUGGAGCUGAAGAUCAUCUCUAAACUUGUAGAACACGGCGCUGAUGUUAAUUACACACACAAGGACGGGGCCACGCCUCUAAAUUUAUCCAUUUCCGCCGGAAGUUACGACCUAGUUGAUUGUUUAUGCAAACACGGAGCAAAUGUUUCCCAUAAUUCUCUAAAAACUGCAGUUUGUUGUAAUAAUUCGAGUUUAAUUCCACUGUUGGUCAAGUUUGGGGGUUCUGUCAACGUUGAGAACAGUUCUGGAACUCCGGUCUACUGCGGCUCGGCGCUGAAUGCCGCACUCACUGAAGAAUAUCUCGACUGCGCCAGGUUACUGCUCAGCCAUGGAGCGUACCUGGACAUUAAAACAGCUGUCGUUGACGCGGUCAAGUCUAGAAAAUCUAGGACCUUGAAGUUUCUGCAAGAAGAAUACGCAGACGAUGUUCGUUAUGUCGUUUGCACGUGUCGUCCUGGUCUGCUGCACAUUGCAGUUGGUGCAGAAGAUCUGGAGAUUAUAGACCUUCUGCUGGAUUCAGGCGCAGACGUCAACCGCGUGCACGACUUGAAGACACCGCUCAUGUGCGCCCUACCACACCACGUCAUCAAACAUUUGAUCGAACGCGGAGCAGACGUUAACAAAAAGGUUCUCACGACGGCCCUGUUUAACCUACUUUCUCUGUUUGACGCUUUCCUUGUGACCCACACCGACGGGCUGGUGAAGUUUGAGGAAAUUGUUCGCACGUUGCUGGAACAUGGCGCCAAAGUCGAUGACGUGGAUCCAGACGGCAACACAGCUUUGAUGAUUUUGGCGGGAAAGGAAAGAACGGAAGGGAUGAUGGAACUUUUCAUAGACAGAAAAAGUAAUAUAAAUGCUAUCAACUUAGAAGGAAAUUCUGCCUUACAUUUUUCUGUAAUAAAUAAUUUACUGCCAAAUUUGGUUGUUUUAAUCUCACACGGUGCUGACUGUAAUAUGCAAAAUAAGAAAGGUCACACGCCUUUGAUGGAGGCAGUUUUGGUUGAAAAUUUGGAAAUGGUUAAACUUUUGGUAGAACAUAAAGCAGACGUGAAUAUUUCAGACUGUUUGGGCAACACGGCUCUGCUGCAUGCAGCAGACUUGUAUUCCAACAAUGUCAGUCUGACAAACGCCUUGCUACAAGCAGGUGCUGGCGUCAAUCACCAAAACAACAAAGGCAUUUCCGCUCUCAUGAUUUCGGUGGUCAAUCUAAAUAUAGACUUAUUCCAGCUCUUGCUGGAGAAUGACGUCAACGUGGACGUAGAAACGUUCGAUGACGUCACUCCAAAAACUCCGUUAGCGUAUCUGCUCAACAAAUGGCGGCCCUGUAACGAGAGUCUGCAGUGCGUCAAAGAGUUGCUGAACCAUGACGCAGACGCCAAGUGGGUCAGACUUGACGUCAUACAUCGUCUGAUCGCCCUGAGCAGUGAGAGCCUCAUCCCGAAGCUCAUUCACGCUGGAGUUGCGCCCAUCGAUGUUCCGGUCAAACCGGAAAUAACCGGCUUCACAACUAACUCAAUGGUCUCUCCAUUACAGCUAUCAUUAGAAACCGGAAACGCGUCAUUAAGUGAAUAUUUUAUUGCCAUCUGGUUCCUGACACCGUCAGACAUACGCGUCCUAUCCGGCCGUGAGGAAACUCUCCAACACAUGCAGUACACAAGCACCGUCUGCUACAGCCUCCUCAAGCAGACCUCAACCCAACCGUUGUCUCUGACGAUUCUAAGCUUCGUCGCCGUCUCGUCUGCUAUAGGCGCAGGACCCAACAGAGCAGAGCGCGUUCGAAGCACCCAACUACCGGUGCCGCUCCAAGAAAAGCUGCUGUUUCAUGGUGAUGUUGCUGAGGCGGAGGACGGGGACCUGGAGGACUCAGAUCUGCUGAUUGCCUUGACGAGAGACGCGCUCCAGGGAAGUGAGGAGUUCUUCGAGAGUGACAUGGACUUCUACUCUAUAGUGGCAGAGGGCGAGGACAAAAACUACAGCGACAUAAACAAGAAGAUUCUCAUGAAACUUUUAGAACGCGGUUCUAACGGGAACUCCACCGAUGCCAGGGGCGUCACCGCCCUGAUGGCGUCACCCCGACAAGGAGACUAUGACCAGAUGGAGAUGGCGUGUCAAGGCGGAGCAGUGCCUACCCAUGCGUGUCUGGUGCUGGCCGUCAAACUCAACCAACCGAAUCUGAUUCCGUUGUUGGUUCACUACGGCGCAGACGUCAACCUUCGUGGCACAGACCUGAGGCCGGUUUAUUCCGGUUCGGCUUUAGACGUAGCAUUAUCAGCCGGCUACAUCGAUUGUGCCAAAGUUCUCUUGUACUACGGUCCCUACCUCAACAUCCAAUCGGCUGUAACGUCAGCUGUGACGCAGCAACAAAAGCAGACGUUGGCGUUUCUGCUGGACCAAUGCUACGACGCCGUGUCGGGUUUGAUGUACAACCACCAGCAGAACUUGCUCCACAUAGCUGUCCAAAACGGCGACAUGGACACCAUUGACCUGUUGUUAGACGCCGGCGCCGACAUCAACUACAUCCACCACCAAAAAACUCCUUUGAUGGUCGCAAGCCGCAUCCACGUCAUAAAGAAUCUCUUGCUUCGCGGAGCUGAUGUCAACAUUAAGACCAGCGCCCCGCCUCUCGUACACGCCUUGUCCCAACCCUACUGCGAGCUACUCAAUGAACACGUCAGUUUUAAGAACGACAAAGUGUUUCUUCUCUACUGGGAGGAGAUUGUGAGUACACUUCUUCAGCAUGGAGCCGACAUAAAUGGGGUGGAUGCUAUUGGAUGUACGGGGCUGAUGAAGCUUGUUGAAAAAGAUGGAUCAAAACGAAUUAUGAAACAAUUAUUGUAUAACGGUAUCUCUAUUAAUAAAACUGACAGAUCUGGAAAAACGGCCCUACAUUUAGCAGUAAAAAAUAAAUGUUUCCAGAAUGCCAGAUUUUUACUUAAAUAUGGCGCUGAUUGUGAAAAACGUUGUAAUAUGGGCCACACCGUAUUGAUCGAGUCAGUUGUAGCGGGGGAUUUGGACUGGGUUCAAACCUUGCUGGAUCACGGUGUGGAUACUGAGGCAGUGGAUGUAUCCGGCAACACCGCGCUGUGCCGGGCGGCUGAUACCUUCGAGGACAACGCCCACCUGGUUCGUCUGCUGAUCAAGGCGGGGGCGAAGGUCAACCACCCGAAUACCUCAGGGUUGACGCCCUUGAUGGUGGCCGCCCAGAGACUGAACGUUGAAACUGUCGAGGUACUGCUGGAGAACGCCGCGGACGUCAAUGAAGUCGCCUAUAGCUGUGACAGUGUUACAACUCCAAUAUCCCUGCUCCUCAACAAAUGGAGACCGUCCUACGAGAGUUAUGUGUUGGCUAAAAUGUUGCUGGACCGUGGCGCGACUGCCCAGUGGGUCAGGCCGGAUUCAGUCCACCGGAUCAUAGCAUCGAGUUUUGAGAGCCUCAUCCCCCCGCUGAUAUCUGCCGGGGUGGCGCCUUACGACGCCCCUAUAAAUCAUUACAUCACCGGCUGGCCAACCGCCCACACAGUCUCGCCGUUUAAAUUAGCCUUGACCUUGAAUAAAACGAAACUAGCCGAUUAUUUUAUGAAGAUAUGGUACUUAACAAAAGACGAUGUAGGACUUUUAUCAAGAAAUGAAGCUGUUUUACAAAGGAUGAAAAAAUUCAGCCCAAAAGGCGUGGCAUAUCUGAAUGAAAAAUCUAAUGAGCCUUUAUCUUUAGUUAUCUUAAGUUUCAUCGAAGUGUCCACGGCGAUGGGUUCUGGGCCAACUAGACGAGAAAAGGUAAACAAAUCUAAACUUCCGGUUUUGAUGCAGAAGAAGCUGCUCUUCCGGGAUGAGGUCAUUGACCUUGAAGACGGGGACAUUGAGGACGAGGACAUUUUGAUCGCACUGACCAGCAACGCAGCAGACGGGGACUCUUACUUUUAUGAGAACGACGUGGAGUUUUUCCAGGACGUGAUGUCUUCGGAUGGCAGUACUGAGACCAUUGACUCGGACUAGAUGGACUUUACGUCGACUGGACUAGAGGGACG